AUGGAUAUUGCACAAUACAUUCUGCUAAGAGGUGACUUGAAAGGAUUCUCUACCGGCGCAUUGAUUGCACAGGCAUGUCAUUCAAGCGUGUGUUCUAUAGAAACAUAUAGAAGAUGUGCAGACACCGUCAUGUAUGUUGCUGAUAUUGGAUCAAUGAAAAAAAUUAUUUUAAGAAUCGAGCAAAGUGACAUUGAUGGAAUACUAGAACAUUUCUUGACACAUAAUAUUGAUCACACAGUGUGGAUAGAACAUCCUGAAAACAUUACAACAUGUAUAUCCACACGUCCAUACAACAGGCACGAAAUUAAACAGACAGUAGAGUAUCUCAAGAGGUUUAGGCUGUUCAAAUGA